AUGUCCGAAGCGGUGCCGGGCGAGCGAAGCGAGGCAGAGUUCACGCCAAUCCACGCGUCCCCGAAGAGCCCUUUUGUUGACAUCGACGCACUCGCGGAUUUGGAGGUAACCCCGCAGGAAAGCGACAAGGACAAAAAGAAGAGAGAGGCUCAGGAGAAGUGCGAGGAAUUGAAGGAGUGGGGUGGCAAAGCUUCCCUGGCCACGUUGCUGUCGCUGACGACGUGCAAGGAGAAGCUUGUCCUGGCUCUGGGCUUUCUCGGGGCGUUCGCCCACGGCGCCGGGCAACCCGCGAUGAUUCUCAUGUGGGGAGACUUGAUCGAUGGGCUUGGCACAUCGGUUUCCGCCGACUUCGAUGCCCAAUCCUUCGCGAACAUCACCACGGAGCAGCUUCAGGCUUUGCAUGCCGCUGCGAACGACCAGAUGAUGGAAAGCGUUGGCGAAAUUGCACUGAAGUUUGUUGUGAUUGGAUGCUGUGUCUGCGGCGCGGCUGCUCUCCAGGGCUUCGCGUUUCCAUGGUUUGUGGACAGCCAGCUGGCGAAGAUGCGAACGCUGUAUUUCGACGCGAUGUUGCAUCGGGACGUCGGCUGGUUUGACACCCACUCGCCCGGAGCGCUUCCAGGGGAGAUGAGCGCGGAUCUGGAGACGUUCGCCGAGGGUUUCGGAUCGAAACUCGGCGUCAGCGUCAUGGCCUUCGCCGGGGUCUGCAUCGGCCUGGGCAUCGGUUUCUUUCUGUCAUGGGAGAUUGCACUGCUGAUGUUGGUCACGCUACCCCUCAUGGCGGUUGGUGGCAUCGUCAUGUCCAGUGCUGUCUUGGACGCCAGGCGUGAGGUGCAGGGCCCCUACGAGAAGGCCGCGGCGUUGGCAGACGAGGUGUUGUAUGCGAUUCGGACAGUUGCCUACGGACUUCCGGGCCUGCGGACUUCCGCCAUGGACUACACACGAGUAGUGAAGGAGUACAGGCGGUGUGCCUGCGCACUUCAGUUCUUCAUGAUCGGCUGUGUUCUUGUCUAUCUGGCCCAACGAAGCUUAGAGAUCAUCAGCUCUGCCGAAGAUCCACCUGUAGAUGUGAGUACGGAGACCCUGAAGCACUUUGGUGAGUGGGCAGUCUGCGCACACCCGAACCCACCAACCUCUGGGCGAGCAAUUGACAGCAUUGGAAUUGGAAUCCCAGAGACGUACACAGGCGCCGAAGACUUGUUAUGGCUUUUGGAGAAGCAGCCACUAAGUGCGAAGUCCACCCAGCUGGUCUCGCAGGUGAGGAGGCAAACGAUCCCAUUUUCCGGCUUUGAGCUGAACUGCGUGGUUGUGGAUCUCCUGAAUGCAGACCUCACGAUCCCCGCGACGGCCAGCAUUUGCACGCGUCCUCUGCCUUUCACCAUCGACUGGCUGAUGCUCAACACCGAGACGGGCUGGCGCUACGUGACCGAGCUCCGGAGCGAUGAGUAUCCCAUGGUGAGGUAUUCCGUGGCCAAGCAUGGCUGGAGUUCUGGGUUCACUUCCCAGGCUAGUCAGAUCCUGACGACUUCAGUAGUUGUCCGGGAGUCUGGCGGGGAGGCGCCCUGCACCUGGAGGCAGCUCACCGGCUCGGCGCCGAGCCUCGGCAAGCCGGUAGCCGCAACCAUCCUCUUCAAGGAUCCGGUGGUCAUGGUCACCCUGACCAGAGGCGUCUUUCCUCAGUUUUUUGAUCUCUUCACAAGCAUGGGCGGCUUUCUGUCCAUGACGACACUGGUCUUUGCGGCUGUCUUUGUCAAGCGCUAUCCGCAAAGUGACAUUGCUUUUGUCUUCGAGCAGCGGACACUCAUCGGCAAACAGGCGGCCGGAAAUCCAGACUCUGCAGAUUCAGAGGCUGUGGAGGAGGAGAGGCAGGACAACCAAGUGCAUGACAAGAUGGAGAUGGUAAGCAUGUGA